CUGGCCCCACAGAAGCAACCAACAUGCCAGUCUUCAAAUGCCCCCCAAAGUCGGAGCCCCUGUGGAAGGGGUGGGACCAGAAGGCCCAAAAGAACGGACUGAGACACCAAGUGUAUGCUGUGAACGGUGAUCACUACGUGGGCGAGUGGAAGGACAACACAAAACAUGGGAAGGGAACACAGGUCUGGAAGAAGAAUGGAGCCAUCUAUGAAGGGGACUGGAAGUUUGGGAAGCGAGAUGGCUAUGGCACCCUCAGCCUUCCUGAAAAAGGAAGUAGAAAGUACCAGAGAGUCUACUCCGGCUGGUGGAAAGAGGAUAAGAAAUCUGGCUAUGGGGUCCAGUUUUUCGGACCCAAGGAGUAUUACGAGGGCGAGUGGUGUAGCAACCAGCGCUGCGGGUGGGGCCGAAUGUACUACAGCAACGGAGACAUCUAUGAGGGCCAGUGGUGGAAGGACAAGCCGGACGGGGAGGGCAUGCUGCGCCUGAAGAAUGGGAACCGCUAUGAGGGUUUCUGGGAGAGAGGCAUGAAGAAUGGACAAGGGCGUUUCUUCUACCUGGACCAUGGUCAGCUGUUUGAAGGUUUCUGGGUGGACGAUGUGGCCAAGUGUGGCACCAUGAUCGACUUUGGCCGUGAUGAAGCCCCUGAGCCAACUCGGUUCCCUAUUCCUGAGGUCAAACUUCUAGACCCUGAUGGUGUGCUGAAGGAAGCCUUGGCCAUGUUCCAGAAGACAGAAAAAGAAGGAGAUUGAUGCCAGGUGAGGAGGUGGCCACACUUGACACCUUUGAAGAGGUUGAGGCAACUCCAGGGACCAGAAGGAUACACAGGUCUUUUGGGGUCUCCAAAGGGCUGCGGGGCAAGACCAGAGAAGGCAGGUUUCCUGCCUCCUGUGGUCCAGGUGGUCCUUUUUGGUUCCUCCCCUUCAAAACCCAUGUCCCUGGAGACCAGUGCAUUCCAGUCCUGCCUGAAUCUUCCCUCUUGCAUGCUGGGCUUUGCUGGGGUGGGCACUGGGCUGGAAUCAGGUGGUUCCCUCACUCCUAAAUGCCCUUGAGGUGAGGAGAGUGGGUCCCAAGCCUCCAUUUGCACAUCUGUGUGAUGGGGCCUUGUCCAGGGGUAGCUCCUCCUGGAGUGGGUAUAAGUGAGGCUUGAGAAAAGGGCAUUAUGUUUUUCAAAUGCCAGCUCCAUGUCCCCCUCACCCCUGCAGAGAGAGUGUCAAGGCUCAGGAGAAACUCAAGCCAUGUCACCCAACUGCUCAGACUGGUGCGGCUCCUACUGGAGGAGCAAGCAGCGACUCUGGGCAUGCCCUUGGCACCCUCAGAGGGCACUCCUCCCAGCAUUAGGUCAUUCUUUGCUGAUAGGGGGGACCAGCUGGCUUUUGGGACUUUCAUUCAGUCUUUCAUCCUAUGACCUCAUCUUUGAGUGCAUGAGAAUAAAGAACCUGGUGGCCUUAGCCCAGGGUCUGUGGUAUGAGGAAGGGGUGGGAAGGCUCAGAAAGAUGUCAGAUGGAGGAGGGCAAGACUGCCUUAUCUUUGCAUGAAUUUCUGGGUGGAGAAAAGCACAUGACUCCUGGUCUCUGACCUCUCAGACAGUCCAGAGAGGAGGAUGAACCUGCAUUCUACCACACUGGCCACCAAGAUUUGGUAUUAAAGCCUGACCCACCUUCUCAAUGUCACACAGAAGCUCUCAAUCUUGGAAUCCAUGGAAAUGUUAAAAGCUAUGGACAGCCUGGUGCAGUGGCACACACCUAUAAUACAGCAACUUGGGAGGCUGAGGCAGGAGGAUCUCAAGUUUGA